AGAGAAUUCAGAAAGAGAAAUUACAGGUAAGGAAAGGGAAGAGAGGGGGUAAGGAGAGGCGGUUGGCCUGGCCUUUGUCGUCUGUAACAACGAGAAGAAAGAUAAAACGAUGGCGUUAAACACCCUCUCGUUACCGGCACUAUCUUGUACAUCGGCGGCUGCGGCGUUCACAUCUUCAAGUGGUUCACGUUAUCGUAUACAGCGGCCAAUGUUGGCAGCUUUUCCUCGUUGGCGAAACGCAGCGUUGGGUCAGGUAGUUUGUAUGGCUCCCGAGGAGGAGAAACUCACUCGUCGAAACCCUCUCGAUUUCCCGAUCGAGUGGGAGAGGCCCAAGCCGGGGCGUCGACCCGAUAUCUUCCCUCAGUUUAGCCCUAUGAAAACACCCUUACCACCACCAUUGCCAUAUGAUCCUCCUGAAGAAGAUGAGGAAGAGGAAGAGAAAAAAGAGGAGGAAGAGGAAGAGCCUGAAAAGCCUGAGGAGUGAGAAGCAGUAGAAUUGCUAGAAACAGGGUCAUUUUUGUUUACAUCUAUGGUUUUCUUAACCUUGUUGUUUGGCAGCAUACGUAAAGCGGAUUAAAUGUGAGCUGAUAGGAUCAUGCAGACGUCUUUAGGACUUGUAGGUUAAAAUGUGAAGAGCUAGGCUAAACUUCUCGGAAGUAACCUUGUUGUAUUAGAUUUAUCGACUUAUAUGAUCAAUAAUAUCGGGUUUCAUCCAAAAAAAUAUUUUGCUUGA